CACCGACAGCGAGCCUGAGGGGGAUGUUUCCCUGCAUUAGUCCGAGUCUGUGAUGUUUUAAAGUGAUUCCACUCUGCAGGUGAUGAUAACGUCACAGGUGUUUUCUAACCUUCAUCAUGUGACUUUUCUCUAAUUGCAGGAAAUCCUCAGGAUCAAACCUUCCACGCCUCCUGCUGCGAGCAUGAUGUCAUCAUGUUUACCUUUUGUUUGACUUUCACACAAACAUUCAGAGGAACAAAGGUUAAAAUCUCAGCUAGUCCUUCAUCCGAGAGCUUCCAGCUGCUCAUCAGAUCCAUGCGACACAGCAGACCUGCAGCGGGAGCACGCCUCUUUAUUUUCCAGGCCGCUGACGCUCCCUGAGUCACUGAGGACGAGGAAGGAGAGGAAGAGCGGUGCAGGGACAGACAGGCUCGAGGCGCGUCGGCAGCUCUGCAGCUCCACGUUUGUUCCUGAACAUGUUCUCCUGUCACGUUUGGUUCCUGCUCUCAGGUCUGAUCGGCUGCACGGGAAACUCCACAGCAGCGAUCUGGUUUUCGGUCCCUGAGAAUCACCACGUCUGUCUGCCGUGCGGCAGCUCUGGCAGCUCAGACGUGAUCUGGACUCGGCAGGAUCAGGAGGUCCUGGUGACCCGACGGGGCGGCUACAAGACCAACAAGGACCGCCGGCGCUACCGCCUCAUGGUUAAUGGCGACCUCUGCGUCUGGCAUCUGAAGGAGUCGGAUCAUGGAAGAUACCGCUGUAACCAGCAGCUGGUGGCUGAGCUGCAGGUGCUGACAGGUCGGGACUACACGGUGUCCGCGGGCCGGACGCUGCUGCUCCCCUGCAGCGGCUCCUCCAAACUCAAACAGAGGUGGUUCCAGCAGAGGGAGGGCGAGAGGCGGGAGGCCGUCCUCACCAAGUACAGAAACGGUACGGUGAAACCAGAAAGGGGCGGCGGCCGGCUGAGCUUCACCAACGACGCCCUGCAGAUCCAGGACCUGCAGCCAGAGGACGCUGGAGAGUACGUCUGCAACGGGCUGCUGCAGGCCAGAGUCACGGUCCUCGCAGCACACGCAGAGACGAGCAGCCAGCCUCCGUCCACCAGCACACCUCCAUCACCUGCAGUGGUGACAGCCGAAGUGGGAGAAAUAAAGAAGAAGAGCAACACGAGACCUGAGAACGUUCUGCUGCUGGUUGCUGUCGUCAGCGUGGGGUUGAUGGUCAUCUUCUUAGCUGCUGUCUGUGUGUUGCUGACCAGCAUGAAGUGCAGGAGGAGGAAACGCAGAGCUGCAGCAGCACCGACACGUGAAGACACAGAGCUGCAGCCAUGGAUGACGUCCAGCGCACCGACAGAGGGUGAGGACUUAGAGACCCCGCCCCUCUGUGGGGAGACGAUCCACUACGCCUCUCUGGGCCGACAGAACUGGAGAGAGAGACCCAGCAGGAGUCCGCCGGAGCAGAGCCACCACAGCGUCAUCUACUCCUCUGUCAUCAGCAGACCUGCAGCGAGAGCUGAGCACAAACUCUGAAAGUCUGAAAGUACGGUCGUGUGACGGGAAGCUUAGUUUCACCUGCAACACAAGCUGUUAAAAUCCUGUCAGUCAGUUUGGUUUCAUGUUUCACUCUCUGCUUCAGCAGCACAGCUGCUCUCACUGAGUCUUUACAUGUUACAGCGAGGACUCGUUUACAGGCGUCCACAUGUGGAGCGUCACAUCUGGACCGGCGGCCAUCAGGACAGAUCGUGGUGUCAGAAUCAGUUUAUUAGUAACAGACAAAGUGUGGAAUCUGUUCAUGGAAGCAGCACAGCAAACAUAUUUACAGCAGCAAUAUUCAGACACAUGUUUAAACACAGACAGAUUCCAAACUGACCCGAGGGAACUAUUCACACACAUGUGGGUAAAAAAGGAUUUUCUUUAGUUUAGUAAUUAUUUUUUGAAAGUGCGCUGCUGUGGCAGAUUUACAUUCAUGGCUGUUACUUUAUUAUUAACAGAAAUGUUUUACAAACG